AUGUAUUUAUCAGUAUUAUUAGAUGUCACUAGAAUCUGGAACAGUAAUCCAUAUGCUGGUAUGGUACGUCUUCAAGGUGGAAAUUAUUCUAAUGAAGGACUUGUUGAAGUGUAUUGUAAUGGACAAUGGGGGACAAUAUGCAGCACUGGAUUUGGUACAAGUGAUGCUAAUACUAUUUGCAGACAGCUUGGAUAUGACUCUGGUUUAAGAAUAUAUGAUUCAUUAUAUGGCAAUAUAAGUCAGCCAAUCUGGAGUACUAACAUGUACAGUACAUCAUAUGCUACAUGCUUUGGUUCCAGUAACAGAUGUCCAUCAAGCUCUAUCACUAGUUGCUCUCACUCCAGUGAUGUCUCAGUCACAUGCAGGGAAAUGUAUUCUACUACUAGAUAUGCCACUACUUUCUCUACUUGUUCUGGAUUAAUAUCUUAUGCUAGACCUGCAACUGCUGGUACAAUAGUUCUUUAUCGUAAUGAGGUUUCUUCAUCUUCAUACUAUUAUGGCAUUGUGCAACUUUAUUACAACAGUAGAUGGGGUAACAUUUGUGAUGACAACUAUUACAGUUCUUCAGAAGCUGAUGUCAUUUGUCAUCAGUUGGGAUAUACUGGAGCUUCAAGCUACUCUAGAGCUGGAAGAACAAGCUAUGGGACUGAUACUAAUCAAAUGAUAAUUGAUGAUGUGAAUUGUGCUAAUAGCAACUAUUUAACAUUAUUACAAUGCUCCUUCUCUACAUACAUUGAUAGUGGGUGCACUAACACCAAUUCCUAUGAUGCUACAGUCUACUGCUGUAAGAAAUAA